AGACAGUGCAGGGACACACAGAGCGCCAUCUUGAGGGAGUAAAGAGCUGUCUGUGCCACUGCUGCAGCAGCACCACUACUGCAAAGAAAAAGAAAGGAUAAAUAAUGGUCAGCAGUCUAACUACACCAGUCCAGUUUGAAGUUACCUGUAUUUUUGGUAUUUUGAAGCGCGCGCGUUAGAAAAUAAAAGAGCCACAGCGCCCUCUGGUGUUCGGUUGUUCUCACAGCAAACAGCGGCAGUUAUAAAGUUUUCUCUCGGCUUUGUCCCCAGAAACGACAAAAUUUCUUAUUUAUCUGUCUGGAGCCAUUUCCACUGACGCAGACACUAUUGCUAUAACGUCUACAUGAACUGGGUUAGUACUUAUAUCAGCCGAUUCAACAGAUUUGCCACUUUGUUGUAUGCUAACAUGUCGCUAUCAUUAGCUUCCGGGUGUCCCACGUGCGCCCUGUGUCCUGAGCCUGGUCCUGAACUAUUGAUACCGUUAAAAUACCUCUAGGACAUAUCAGUGCUGUCUUGUUCGUUACAUUUUCGCUGAUGAAUUACAAAUAAUAUGAAUAAAGAUUACUUUAUUGAAGAUUUGAGUUCCUCGGAGGAUGAUAACCUGACGUGUUCGACAUGGAAACAGUCUAGCAGGAGCAAAAGAGACAACUCCCCUCCCGUAAUAUUGGCUUUCUCCAUCACCUCUGAGCGAGACACACAGGGAGACCAAAGCUGUGUGGACACUGAUGAUGGAGAGCAAGAAGAGGAGGAGGAGGUGAGCACUGAUUAUGAUGAGACUGUGGAGGAGUGGAUGCUGCUGGACAAAGAUCCACAGGAAGGAGACUCCACCAUCCAACUGAACCUGAGCUUCUCCAUCAGCUCUGACGAGGACUCAGACCAUGAAGAUAAAACUGUCACAUUAUUUCAAGAUCAGUGGGCUGUUUCAAAAAGAGACAAGGAAUCUGGGAAACAGUCUUCAGUUUGCCGCUACUUUACACUUGACCAGUCACUCUUUUGCCCUGUGUGUAAGAAGACAGGUCAUCUUGCCAAAAGCUGCCAAUUGCAAAAGAAAUGCCCUGUCUGUGUGCUCUGUGGGAUUCAGGGGCACCUUCAAAAGGAGUGUCCAAGUCGACCUUGUUCCAAAUGUGGCUUACUGUCGCAUGCAUCCAGGGCCUGUGACCGGCUCCCUGUGUGGAACCAACACUGCCAGCGCUGUGGCCUCAUGGGACACCUCUCUGAUAUCUGCCCAGACACAUGGAGGCAAUACCAUUACACAAUUACAAUGACGGACAGUCCCAUCAAGAUACAGACAUGCCACGUUGUUAAACAGAAGAAACGAUCUGCAAACUGUUACAACUGCUCCAGGAGAGGUCACUACGGUCAUGAGUGUAGCCGUAAAAGGAUGAUUAGUGGAACUUUUUUCACCCUUCCCUAUGUUUGCCACUAUGACGCUCCUGAAAAAACCCUUCAAAGCAGGACUCGAAACAACAGAAACAUAGAAAUUACAAAUGAAACUCCUCUGGCUGAGCAGCAACAAUUAUUUGGAACAGAUUUGCCCAAAACUUUCAAAGACCAAGCUCUACUUUUCCAAAGAACAACCAGUAUGAAGCAGAAGGCUCAGUCAGGUGGCAGGAAGACUUGGCCUGAGCGCCGCAGAGAGAGACAGGAGGUGAAGAGGCUGAGGAGAGAAGCCCAGGCCAAAAGAGAAGGAUUGAUGGGGCAUUUCCAGCGUAAACCCGAUGAUAUUGAUGAUGAUGAUGACGUUUUAUAUUUGAAAUCUUUUGGGGCCAGCAAUCCCUGGCAAUACACAAGCCCAUCGAAGAAGGCAAAGAAAACACUUCACCAAAGAAACAAAAAUAGCAGAAAGACACAAAGAGAACAUUUGAAAAAAAGAGACCGGAAAAUUAAUGACUUUCAGUAUCCUUUUAAAGAGAUGGACAGCGAAAAUCUUCCUUCUCCCAAACAAAGGGUGCGCCAUAGAAGGAGAUAGAACCUCAACAAUUAGGACUUAAUGUUAGAAAAUGAGCAUUAUGAAACACAAUUGCCUUUUUGUAAUUUUAUGUAUUCAUGCAUCGUGUGUAAAUGAACAUUUUUAAUUAACAGUGCAAUUAUAAUAUAUUGUGUAAGACAUCACU